AUGGUGCAAAAAGCCGUCGACUCCAUCCCGGCGCCGAACAGCGUCUGGACUCGUAUCCUGGUCAGGCCCGGCAUUUACAAGGAAAAGGUUUCGAUACCUUCGGACAAGCCAUGCAUAGUCCUCGAAGGGAACACGGAAAGGGACACCAUCAUUGAGUGGAGCAGCGCCGGUGAAGUUGAUCAAAGCGCUACCUUCACGCUUUAUGCGGAUAAUUUCAAAGCCAAAAAUAUAGGAUUCAAGAAUACCUACAACGAAUUGACACGACGUGGAGAUUUGAAUUCGAUCAAGCCUGCCCCGGCGUUCCAAGUAACGACGGACAAAGUCUCGUUCUAUAGUUGCGCGUUCAUCAGCGUGCAAGACACACUGUCAGACUACCAAGGACGUCACUACUUUGACUCCUGCUACAUCGAGGGUGCCGUGGAUUUCAUCUGGGGAGGCGGCCAAUCCAUUUAUCAGGGCUGCAAGAUAAACGCAAGCACGGCUAUCCUAGGCGGAUUAGCGGGCUAUAUCACGGCUCAGGGCCGCAACGGCUUGAAGGACCCUAGCGGGUACGUCUUCGAUCGGUGUUACGUGGUGGGGACGGGGCCCGUCUACCUCGGAAGGGCGUACAGGCCGCACGCAAGAGUUGUGUUUCACAGGGCAGGUCUUUCAAACAUCAUAGUACCGAAGGGAUGGGAUCCCUGGUUAUAUGCCAAUGAAGAGUAA